GUAUACUGCGAAGUGAAGAAACUUCAAUUUGAUUUUAUCUGCAAGAUUUUUAUUAGGAAAAACGCUAUUAGAGUACUUGAAAACACUUCAUGCUGGUUAUAAAGUCUUGUUGAGUGAAAAGACGAAGCAAAGACCAACGACCAUGGGCAACAUAUAUUUCUUGGUACUAGUACCUUUAGUUGUAGGACACUCUCUUCUUACAGACAGUGAAAAGUCUGGCAUUGGUUCACUUUCUGUGAACACGAGAACGGCUGUAGAUACGAGGGACGAUCAGAUUCUGGUAAAUCAGGAAACAUCUAUCAAACUUCCGACACGGGACGGUAUACACUUUAAAUCUGUGUCAACGACUACAGAUUUUUCGACUGAUAAUAUCAAUAGGACUAAUCUCGAGGGAAUACAAAAGGAAAUCAUUCGGAUUCGUGGACAAGUAAAGGAAUUCCACAGUGACUGUCAAGACGUCCUUUGGUCGGGAGGCGUGACCAGUGGGGUGUACAUUAUCUACCCACGCGGAGGAGGCCCCUUGAAAGUGUUUUGUGAUCAGGAAACACUUGGCGGAGGAUGGACGGUAAUUCAAAGACGGUUGAACGGUUCUGUCGACUUCUUCAGAGGAUGGAAUGAAUACAAGUACGGUUUUGGGGAUUCGGCUGCUGAAUAUUGGAUAGGAAAUCAUCGUAUUUAUGAGCUGAUAUCCCAAGGUUUCUAUGAGCUGAGAAUAGACAUGGAAGAUUUUGCUGAUCAAACACGGUACGCUUCGUACAAACGAUUCGGGGUUGGCAGUGAGGACGAAGGGUAUUCCUUGAAGGUCAUGGAUUAUGAAGGAAAUGCUGGUGACUCGUUGAUGUCUCACCACAAUGGAGCCAAAUUCCACACAAAGGAUAAUGACAUCAAAACAUGCUCUACACGAUUCAAGGGGGCGUGGUGGUACAAAGACUGUCACACAUCUAACCUGAAUGGACAAUACCUGAUCAAAAACCACUCUUCAUUCGCGGACGGAAUCAACUGGAAAGCGUGGCACGGAUACCAUUACUCUCUAAAGGAGACCGCCAUGAAAAUCAGAAGACUUUAAUAUCCAGAUUUCUGGGUCCUUCAUUGAGUUUGAGCUACAUAUGUCCACCAGUACAGUAUCUUUACAAUAUAUACACUGUACAUGUAUUGAUACAACUAAAAAAUAUUUACAGGAGAACAGGGUGAUAGUGUGUCUAUGCUUUAUGUGUAUCAGUUGCAUUCACAAAAAAUAAACAGCAGCCCAGAGUGGAUACAAUUGUA